AUGACCCUGAUCGAUGAGCUAACGACGGCUGUGCGGACGUCCCUGAAAAGCACAAACCUUGUAGAAGAUGCUGUUCACCAAACGUGUCGAGAGAAAUUCCACCUCAUCCAUGUAGGCGACAUCUCCGUGCCGAGUGCUUCUUACAACACACUCUACGAUCUCCUCUUUGCCCAUUACGACCAUCUGUUCAAGCUCACCACUGGUCGUGCUCAAAACGGCAAGCGUCGCAAGGAACCGGAUGUCCAACCAGAUCCGGGGACGAGAUCCAAGAAACGACAGAGGACGACCGAGCAGCGUGGUGGACAGUCUUCUGCUGGUCGAGGCACUGAAGAAUUUGCUAUUCCUCACCAACAAACACCAGUGCAAUACGAUGCCAAUCCGCCGCUAUUGUCAAGCAAAAAGAUCACCGAUGCCAACAUGGACUUCUUGGCUCGGGGGACCAACAACAACAGCAAUGGCGAACGGAGUGGACACAGGCCAUCAAUAAUUGGCACGAUCUGA